CGUUGACAGCUGUUCACUCAAAAUUAAUUUGAAUUUUAAAGCAUCCACAACGUGCUAACCGUUACCGUUAUAUCGCAAAUCUAAUCACAUAGAAAAUGUCGAAAAUUUUCGUUCACGCCGUCGUCGCUCUCUGCGCCUUCACCAUCUGCCUGACGAACGCUCUGCCCGCUGUCAGCGAGCUGUACGGUGCCCCGCUACAUGGAGCAGGCGGUCGUGGUGGUAGUGCUGCCAGUAGUGCCGAUGCUCAUGCCGAAAUACGUAGUUUUACCAACGACCUGAAAGAGGACGGCAGCUACAAUUACCAAUUCGAAACUAGCAACGGCAUUGCGGCACAAGAAUCUGGUGUUGGAGGACAUUAUGCCACCGGUUCUUCCCAAUACUAUUCGCCGGAAGGUCAAUUGAUUCAGCUCACUUAUACUGCCGAUGAGAAUGGCUUCCAACCACAAGGCGCCCAUUUGCCCACACCCCCACCAGUGCCGGAAGCUAUCCUCAAAGCUUUGGAGUACAUUCGCACCCAUCCAUACCAGGAGGAACAGCAACAGUAUGGCUCGCAGCAAGGUCGUGCAUCGGCACCACAACAACAAUAUGGCGCUCCCUAUCGCAAAUACUAGAAGUAACAAUUGACAGUCAAGUAAACAUAAAAUAACAUAUUUGUGCUCAAGUUUAAAUGUUUAGGAUUACUAUCUUUAUUUGAAUAUCUUUAUACACACUUCGGCAGUCAUUUGAUUUUUCGACAUAUUAAUAACUGUUAUGAAAUUUUGAAGAAGACAGAAACUUUCAUAUUUUGCACGCCCAAAUGUUUCUUAUAACAAUUUUCUUAUUUCCAAUACCAGCAGAUGUGAUAACAUGGAUAGUUCUUGAAUUCUGUGAGCUGAUGCGCUCAGACGUGACAUCAUAAAAUUUAUUCUCUUUCUUCACACUGUUAGUUUAAUAUACGUAUAGUAAAUAUAUUUUUGUAUUGAGUAUUUA